CGGCCAGCGGGCAGGGGGCGUGGCCAGCGGCCGGUCAGGGGGCGUGACCCGGGCGCGCUCCAGGGGCCGGCGGCGGCUGCGGGACGGUAGCGGCGGUGAGCGGGAUGGAGUUGCGCCCUGCCCGGAGUUAUCCCGGCGCUCUCGGGCAGAAGCUCUCGGCCCGCAAGUGGAGCGGAGCCCUCGCAGAGCCCGCUCCGCCGCCCGCCGGGGUUUCGCUCCCUGCGGGGCCGCUUGGUGUCACCCGCGCUCCGCCGCCGGGCCGAGCCCUCCCCCGACACCGCCUGCAGGCGUGCCCCCGCUCUGCGCAUGCGUCACCGCCGCGGGCCGCCGAGGGUUGCCAUGGUUACCGCGAGCCGGAAGUGCCGCCGGGGGGCGAUGGCUGCCCCCAGCCCCGAGCCGGCGGCCACGGCCCGAGGGCGGCCCCGCGGCCCCGCCGCCUCGUGAGGCCUUCCCGCUGCUCUCCCACCAUGGCCCGGGGGGCCGGCGAGGCCGCCGCGGAGGGGGAGCUGGGAGAUGACAGCCUGUCUGUGAUAACCUGCCAGUCAGACACAGCCGUGAAGUUAAAGAAGAAGAUUUUUCAGAAGCCUCCAAAGUCACCAAAGUCUCCCUACAGCUCAAGCACACAACUGUAUCCUAAGAAAGCUGCAGCUUGGAGAUCUCUGCAGGGAAGGGCCAGUGCUUGUUUUGAGAAUGCAGCUGUUGAAAACCCAAGGCAGAUGUGGCUGGGAUUUCUGAAACAAGGAAUGAGCCAUGCUCUGAAAUCGGAUGCUGACACGGGGCAUGUGCGAGCUAACGUUUCCAGUAGCACUCCAGAAUAUUUGAAGGAAGCUCUAGGAAUGAAAAAGCCAAAACAUGCUCGUUCUUCCAGUAAUGGCUACAUUCCUGGAACUCCUGACUACAAAGAGAAAGAAGAUAUGUAUGAUGAAAUUAUAGAACUGAAAAAGACAAUACAAGCUCAGAAGAAUUUGGGAGACCGAAUGAAGACGAAGCUCCGUCGACUGGAAGAGGAGAACAAUAGAAAGGAUAAACAGAUUGAACAACUGCUGGAUCCUUCCAGGGGCUCUGAGCUGGCUCGAGCUUCGUCAGAAAAGAAGACUGAUAAUGGAUGGGUGGUUACUGGAUUAAAGCAGAAGAUUGUCAAGCUUGAAGAGCAGUGCAAGGAGAAAGACAAUACUAUUAAUGAAUUCCAGGCAGACAUGAAGACCAGUAGUUUGGAAGAAGUGAGGUUAGCCAUGGAAACCUACUAUGAAGAGGUUCAUCGCCUCCAGCUCCUCCUGGCCAAGUCUGAGACUAUGAGGAAAAAUGCAGAGGGCAGAGACACCCAGAAACGACUGAAGGCACUGAAUGCUGCCGUGCUGAGGCUCUCCAGGAACAUCAGGGAAAUGCAGGCUGAGAAUCGCCGGCUGAAGGAGGAUCUGGAUCACGUGCUGAGCACUUCCCCUCCUCACAGUAAAACAAAAAAUUAUAGUGAGUGGAGCAGACAGAGGCUGGUGAGGAAGAUUUUGGAUCUAGAAAAAAAAGUGUGUGCCAUGGAGAGCAGCAGGGUGUCCUUAGGUGACAGUGAGGCAUCACAAGUGCUUGCUGAGUCAUCUUCACAUUCUGUGGACCUGGACCAUCCAACAUCCCAACAUUUAGAGUGCUGUCGCCUCCAGAGGCUGGUGAAGAAACUGAAGGAUGAUAGGCAGGCACUUCAGAAUCUCCUGCUCAGUAAAGAAUUAGAUAUCAAGCAGUUACUGCAGGCCAAGGCUGAAGUGGAGCUGGAGCUGCAGAAGUGGCAGAGUAAGAUGGAAGAAAAAAGCACAGGAGAGCAGACUUUAAGUGAGGAAAUCCAGAACCUGACACAGAAAGUAGGGAAACUGGAGUUAAAACUGGAGGAGGAGAAAAGACAAAUGGGAGAAGAUACUGUGGAAAAGCUAAAUAAGACUCCUCCAGUCUGCACAGUGACAGGCAAAGAAAAUCACAGGAAAGAACAAGCAGCCAGAAUUAUCCAGAGAUGCUGGAAGAUGUACAAAACCAAGAAAGAAGAAGUUGCUCUGCAUGAGGCAGUUGUUCUGCUCCAGGCAGCCUUCAGAGGACAUUUAUCUCGACAGAAAGGGCUGCUGGAUGCUGGGGUGCCUGAUGCAAAGUCUCUCACUGAGAACUCCUGCCUGUCUUCCAUGUCAGACUCUUUGAGCUUUUCUUCUGAUUGCAAGGAGAGAGAUGAGAUGGUGACAUUCAUCCAGUCCAUUUUCAGGGCUCACUUAGCACGUACAGAAUCCCUUCAGGAGAGGCCCUCUGUGCCCAGUGCCCCCAGUGAGAAAGCAGAUCCUGCAGUUGCCAUCACAGAGAAGAGACCAGGCUCAGCAGCACUCCAGGGAUCUUCAGUCCCCACAUCUCCUCUUCCUGGCAGGUCCUGCUCUGCUCCUGGUGUGGCCCUGGAUGAGGCUCACUCCGACGACUCCGAUGACGUUGUGGUCCCUCCCUUGCUGCAGCUCUACUGGCAUAUUCUCUGGAUUUCUUACGAGAAACUUCACUUUUAAGUCUUAAACACCAGAGGUAAUCCAUGAGGCAUGAAUGGAAAAAUUUGGUAUUAUUUCUUGGAGCAGACUAGUCUUGAAUUCAGUUGAAAGCAAUUAAACAUUCACACUUAGUUAUAUUAAGCCAUAAUUUGUCUGCAGCUGAAGUUGGAAUGCCCUUGACUCUUGCAAGCUUUGCAGCAUCUCUCUGUGGUAGGUUUGUCAGUUAAUGAAUUGCUUUCCUCAUACAAACUUUUUAAGGGGAGAAAAAAGUUUCGUUCAAUGGGCAUCAUUAAGACCUGCAAUGAGCAAAACUUCCAUGUUGGACUCCAGGUUCGUAGGGAAGCAUUUUCAGGCAUGGUUGGUGGUCAGGUGCUGCAUCAGUUCCUCUGAUGUUUCCUUCUGUUUGCUGAAGUGCUGCUGUGCUGGUGGAGGCAGCCCUGACAUCCCUUCCCAAUGCCUGCCCUGCUUUUGGUGUGUUUUUGGCACUUUGCUUACACGUAGUGUUCAGUAGCCACUCCUGCCGUGCUCAAGGAAGAGCCUUGAACAGGAAGGGUUGCUGUGUUCUCAGGAAUUCACUCUGGUCCAGUUCACUGAUGAAAUUGCACCCUGCUCCCCCUGCCCCUCCCUGCCUGGCUCUCCCAAUUACCCUUUUCAAACCUGAGUAUCUGGACCCCCCCUGCUCUCCAGGACAGUGUCUGUGUUGUUCCCCUCACCAGAGCUGUGUCUGAACCAAUGUCCCCCUGCUCUCCAGUGUUUGUGUUCCCCUCACCAGAGCUGUGUCUGGACCAAUGUCCCAGCUCAAGGUGUGGCUCAGGCUGUCCCAGCUCCCCUCUCCUGGGGAGGGUUUUCCCUCACAGACACAUUGCACUGGCUACCACAUAAGCCUCUGUAGGGUUUCUAGUGCUGGUCGUGUCAACAGAGCUGUCAUAAAUUCUUGAUGCUCAAAAUGGUCUGGGAAGAAGCAGGAGGGACAGGAGGGACAUCCUGUCCCUCCAUUCCAUUGCCAAAGGCUGUCUUACCUCCCUUAUUGUCAUCCAUGUCAUUGCUGUCCCCUCCUGAGCCCAUCAGCUCUGCAGAGCUGAGCCUCUGCCUCAGCAAUGAAAGUCUCUGCUGUGCUCUGACUUUAGGGAAGGAAUUCUGUAAAAUCUGUCACCUGGUUACAGUGCUGCUGUAAAAAAAGGCUGUGCUUGAAUGGCCUCUAGGUGUAUGCAUGGAAAAUUAGAAGAGCUUUUUCUAAAUGGGAUUGACCAUGAGUGCCUGUAGUACAAGUUACAACGUUCUGCACAAACAUUGCUUUGCAUUGCCAUUAUUGAGCAAUAAUCCUUAUUUGGAACUUAUACAAAUUGUGGCAGAACCUUCUAUUUAUCUAACCUGGAAAUUUUUCCUGAACAGGCUCUCUGUAAUCCACUCAGAGAAUUGGCAGUUUUCUUCUCCCUCUCGGCAGAUAUUUAAUAGCCAAGUAUUGCAUUUCCAUGCUAGUAAACCUUCAUUAUUAUACAAAACGUACCAGAAUGUUAUGAAGAAAUACCUUAAAUAAUUAAAUAGAAACGAAGAGUGACAAAACAAACGAACAAAGUGCAAUUUGAGCUGUGUUAUUCUUUCCUUUUUAUGUUCACUUAUUUGCUAAUUUGCUGAACUUACUGGACUGCAGUGGGUCUUGCUGUGAUUAGAGGGAGUUUGCCAAGUUCCUUUGUAAUUGUUUCUUAGCAAUUAACUAAAUAAUAGAAUGUUCUCUGUGUGGCUCUCUGGGGAAAAGAGCGGGCAGGUGCUUUUGCAAUAGGAUUUCCACAUCUUCCACCCAUUUCCCUAGAACUCAGUUUAAAAAGACCAGUAAAACAUGAGAAAGAGAGAGAACAUUGCCUCAGGAUUGGAAAUUAAAGAAUUAACCUAUUAUUAUUUCUUUCAGUUGGCUGGAAGCUUUUUUUGCUGGCCCUGGUAGUGGCUAUUUUUUGUGUAAACCUGAAAGUCCCCGCCAGGACGUCAGAGGAAAGUCAUGAAAACCCAAAUGUAUCUUCCUGCCUGCAGAUGCCUCCACUCAGGGGAAGUCCUUCAAGCUGGGAGGAGAAGUCAGCUGGGAAGAUCCCUGGCUUUACUGGGAGACCAAGCUGUCAUGGAGGGGGCAGAGAUGUCUGGGGGAGGCUGGAGAGCAGCCCUGGCUUUGUUAUUUCCUUUGACUUUGAGCAGAAAAUUACAGAGGAAGCCCUGGGAGGAGAGGAAGGGUAAUUUUAAUGGAGGCACAGUUUAGCUCAGCGGGAAGGAGGCACGGCUGGGUGGAAGGGCAGAGUUUAUGGAGCGGUGGAGUCAGAGGUGUGGCCCGGCAGUGGCAGCUGAGUGCCGAGGCACGGUUUUCUUCUGACCUCCCCAUGACCAUCUGUAAUUUAGUCCCUGUCUCAAGAGGGUAACUCAUCCAUCUGCUGGCACUUGGAGUGCAAACUUGCCUUUUUUCCUUCUUUUUUCUUUUUUUCUUUUUUUUUUUUUAAUCUGUAUUGUUAGCUAAAACCUUUUGUAGCACAUAUUAGGUUUGACAGUCGGGGGAAGACUCCUUGCUCCAGAUUAUAUUAAAAGCUGAAUUAUUUAAUUUCAUAGUGAAAUCAGAAAAGCCAGGGGUAGGAGGUUGCUGUUUUAAAAGGUGCUCUCAUUGCCAGUACCACUUCAGCAGUAGGGAUGUCUGGAAUCAGAAGCUUGUGAAGAGUGAAAAAUGCUACAUUUCUUGGAGGGCUUCUGUAGACUGCCUGAUGGUCUCAAGAGGAUGGAGGACAGCACUGGCUGCCUUAUUUUGGAGAUUUAAACUAGUCUUUUUAUCUUUGCUAUUUUUAACGUGAAACAUUUCUCAUCUGCCUAUUUUGUCCAUUGAUUCUUUAGCAAAGCCACUGUCAGAACAAGUUAGCAAACACUAAUGCUGCUCUUUAGGUUAUUUUUCAGCGGGAUUAUCAGUGAACAAGCUGACAUUUGCAGUUCGCUUUGCUUGACUGUAGAACUGCUUUCCAUGCAGGGGUGAUUUACUGUUAGAUUUUAUUCCUGGGAUGUCACGACAGUGUCUCGUUUGUUCAUUUGGCUUUGGCAAAAGAGAGUGUACUUAUUUGUGUGGCAAGGAAAGAAAGGCUGCUAUAAUCUAAACAUGAGAGCCUUGAUAACUGUUUUGUCAUGUACUCAAGAGUUACCUGCAUAGGAUCAAAUGAGAGAUGCUGGACAUCCAAGAAUUGCAGAUAUUUCUUUGUGAUGUGGCACAACGGGCUGGAAUGCCAUGGAAAGUAUGGCUAGUGCUGGAUCCUGUGGUUUGUCUCUUAUUCCUCGUUUGCUGAAUCCAUUCUGCUCUUCAUUUUCCCAUAUCAUUAUAAAUAAUUGUGGGGGAGAAAUGAAAACUGUUGAUGCCUCUGUUUCUCUGUAAUCCCCAGUCCUCAUUCUGCUCUAAUUUAAUCCAGUUGUCUCAGCAGCAGGAGGCUGAGGGGAGGCUUGCACACCAGCACUGCUCCCUUUCCCCUCACCCCCAGCCCCACAGAGUGCCUCGAACACCCACCCCCAUGGAACAGCAUCCAGCUUUUCCUGUCAUUUAUUCCAAAACUUUCUGUGCAGUUUGAUUUACAUCAGCCCUGUCAAACAAGAUCUCAGUGUGGCGUCCUGGCUGCAUCUUCUCUCCCCUGUCCCUCACAUGCUGACAGAGGUGCUUGGACUUGCAGCCUGGUGGGGGUUUUGUGUCCAUCCAGAGGCCCGUGGCUGUGGUUACAUCUGCAGGACAGAUUCCAGCCUUGAGCAUUGUAGUGCCAAAUUGCAUAAACUCUGUGUCAGAAGGGGCUUAGGCAGAGAUCUCUUGCUCCCAGCGAGGUCUCUCUGCUCCUUGUCUUUGGGUUGUUAGAACUGGAGGUGAAAUAUGUUAGACCAUUGGCCCUUGAAAGAAUUCCUUCUUCCAUCCAUCCAUCCAUCCUUGCCAGCACUGUGAAAAAAGCAAAAAUAAUAAGAAAGAAUAUAAAAUUGGCUGAUGUUCAGCUGUCCUGCAGAAAAAUAAACCCUUUACUUGGAGAAAGCUGGAGGGAGUUGAGGUCUUGUACCUUUGAAUAUCUUGUACUUGUGCACACAGCGUGUGGCUCUAAAGCUCUGACGUGUGCCUUAAUGCUAUUUGGGAGUGAUAAGAUUGCUUUUUAGCUGUGUUGAUAAUACUCAUAUGAAAAUCCCAUCCUAGUCAAAAGCUGUUGAAGUUUUCAGAACAUCAGCAGAAAUAAUGUUUAUUUGCUCUAAGGGGUUAAAUGGUCCGUUUUAGCACUUUUGGUCUCCUUAUUUAUGAAAUGCAUCAGUCAGGACAAAGUAAAGCAUGAAAUCCUGGCUGCAUUUGGGAAAAGGAAUAAAAUCAUACUUGCAAAAGAGGUGGCUCCAUAACAUCUACUGAUCUGCCACCCUUUAGGAGAAUAAAACAGUUGGUGUUACCCUUUUAUUUUCCAGUGGGAUACACAGCAUUCCAAUAUUCUCUAAGUUUUCAUGAGCCAUCACAGUUUCUAAUUCUAAACAGAUGAGUUUCUCAAGCCUGCAAGACCUGGAAAUCAUUUGCCUGAAGUGUGUUAGAGGACUGGAUGAUCCUUUUUUCCCUUUCCAACUCCAAAUUAAGUUGAGUGGUGUUUAAAAGACAACGCUUUGAGCAAUCAGGAGUUGGUGAGGUGUGCUGCAGCAGGGCUGGGAAGGGGACCCAGGGAUGGAGAGACUGAGGGUCUGGGAGAUGGUCUGAAUGGACCAGCCAAGUUUAGGAGCUCCUGCCUUAAUGCUGGGCCCUACUGCGUACUUACAGCAAGAAUUAAAUUAUUCAUUCUAUUCCUUUUAAAACAAAGCAGCAAAUAUUUUUUUUUGCAUUUCAGUUGCAACAGGAGCAGUACAAUCUUUGUAAUAAAGUGAAUGA